AUGCAAGAAUCAAAAAUGCAGCUAGUCGACUGGCUAGAUGACUUGUGUGUCCGCUUCAUCAUCAACCUACCUCAAGAAGAGCUCGAGAGCGUUGCCCGAAUCUGCUUCCAGGUCGAGGAGGCCCAGUGGUUCUAUGAGGAUUUCAUCCGUCCCACCGACCCCUCGCUACCUUCGCUCAACCUACGCGACUUUUGUCUUCGCAUCUUCCAACACUGUCCCCUCCUGUCCACCUUCUCCGACUCGCAACACACCGCCGCCUACCAAGAGUUCCUCGCCUACAAGACCCGUGUCCCUGUCAGGGGUGCCAUUCUGCUCAACCAUGACAUGGAUCAGGUAGUCCUCGUCAAGGGCUGGAAAAAGAGUGCCACAUGGAGUUUCCCUCGCGGAAAGAUCAACAAGGACGAGCCAGAUCUCGACUGCGCCAUCCGUGAGGUCUGGGAAGAGACAGGCUACGACAUUGCUGCUGCUGGUCUGGCCAACGACGACCAGAAGUACAUCGACGUGACCAUGCGAGAACAGCAUUUGCGAAUGUUUGUCUUCCGCGGUGUCCCUCUCGACACUUAUUUUGAACCAAAGACGCGCAAGGAAAUCAGCAACAACCGUGUCAUCUCGCACCAACAAGAUGGCAAUGCUGAGAACGGCACUGUAAGCGCCAACAAACUGUACAUGGUUGCCCCCUUCUUGCCUCCGUUGAAAAAGUGGAUCAACCAACAAAAGAAGCGUGAUGCCGCUCGUCAAGUACAGGUCGAAUCCGUUGUUGAGGAAUCUGUGGAUAUUCCCUCAGACGCACCUGUUGUGGAUGCGCCUGCUGCAAACGCUGCCUCUGAACUCAAACGCUUGUUGAGUGUCAACGUGCCAGGUCAGGAACCACCCCAGACGGCGAACGGAGAGGGAAACCAGGCAAAUGCACUGCUAGCCAUGCUUCGUGGGAAUGCUUCUACCGGUGGACUGGCCCCUCCUACAAACAACGAUCUGCCGCCAGCAACGCCUCUAGACCAGGUCGUAAGCACCCCUCCAGAGCCUGGGACUCCGCACUACCAGCAUCACCAACCUUCGCCUGCCGUCAGACAGCAACCUCCUCCAGGCUUCCCCUUCCCUUCACCUGCUCACCAACGCAAUGUGUCUCUCCAUCCACCAGGCUUCUUUGGUCAAAACGCUCACGAGAGCCUGCAACGCGUCAUGCCAGCAAUGUCACACAUGUCUCAGCAACCUCCGCAUGCUGUCGGCCAUAUCCAUCCUCAAGGUCCGCAUCCGUCUAUGCAACAGCAGCUGUUCCCUGGCGGUCAUCCUGCGCCAAUUGCCCACGGUCCAAUUGCUCCUUCAGCCUCUCAGUUGCCCGCNCCCAGGCUUAACAACCAUGCCAUGAACUUGUUGNNAGGUGCUUUCAAGGCUCCUUCACAGUCGCCUAUCACUCAUAAUGCCAUGCCAUUGGGCAAUGGCUCCAUGUCNUACCCGAGUCCCCAUCAAAGCCACAUGCAGACCCAGCAGCAACAGCCUUCCGGAGAAGCACAGCACACUCGUAGAAGAUCUGCACACCAGAACUCUUUGUUAGGUCUCUUCAAGUCUCCCGAUCCUCCCAGAGCGACUCCGGUCUCUCAGGUCCCUCAAACAACUCUUCCGUUCCAUAUUGCUCAAUCUCCUGCUCCAUCUGCACCCACACCAACGGCACCAACCCCUCAGCAAAGAAAUGCAAACUUGGCAAUGUUGACAAGGACGUUACCAAAGGCCAAACCGACUCCCUCGCCUGCACAGGCAAAGAUGGAUAUGUUCCCGGCAAAGCAAGUCGUACAGGAAGUUCAAGCAAUACAAAACAGAGCAACGCCGGAGGCUUCGAGCAAAAAAAUUGCCCCCGAUGCCCCGCGCGCUCCAGUGUCGAUUCUACCACGACCUGGAUCUGCGUCUACCACGGCGGCUACUAGAGGUUCCUCGGGUUCGCCUGCACCUCCGCCUUCUGAGUCGGUCCAAACUCCACAUAAAUUACGACGAGGCAACAAGAGUGACUCACCGGCCAAUUUCACCAUUUUGCAACGACCUUCGCCCAGAGCUGAUCAUAAUGGAUCACCCGAGAUGCCUCAGGUCAGACAGCCGCCUCCUUCUAAGCAGGCUACACCAAAGCAAGCAGCACCCAAGCAGUCUGCUGCAAGGCAGACGCAAGAAACACCCAAGCAAUUCCAGCCGCAGAUCCUACAAAGGCCAAAGAUAGAGAAGACAGCGGCUAGUCCAGGUGUGGAACAAGCACUACAGCACCCUGGAGAGCAACGUAAUGCACUCCUCGCCUUGUUCGCAAAACAGAAUCCUGGACUUUCACAGGCUGAGAGUAGAUCUGGAUCAGCCAUGUCGAACAACUCAGGAGCGCCUCUGCCAACGGAUCCGUCAAUCUUCAGGUCACGAUUGGCCAGCGCUUCUUCGGUGGUGAGCAAUGGAGGGGAUAACGAUGGACUUAGGUCGCCAUCUACUCCAGUGGAAGCUAAAGGAUUCCUGCUCGACUAUCUCAAUGGCGUGGUGAAGAGCGAGAAGAACAAGGGUCCAAAGAGAGGUCCUGUUUGA